UAUUUCCUGUAACACAAGAAGGAAGUAGCCUGUGGCACAAAGAAAUCGGCUUUCAGAAUUAAACUGGGAAACACGCGGGGAUGCGUUUGCCUGUAACACAGACAGGAAGUGACCUUAUAGUGUGGUGGCAGCAGGAGGAUAAAUCGGAUGUAUUUGAUUAAGAAGUGCAAAUAAUUAUGUAAUAAUAAUAAAAAAAAAAAAUCACUCGACACGAAACAAACAGAAACAAUACGGCCUUUGCCAGAAGUGAGGCGGUGAUGAGCCGGGGUGUGUGUGUGUUUUUAAAAUGGGUUUUAAUAUUAUUAUUCUCGCCUGAACAGACCACUCCCCUGCGUUUUUAUCCCCCCGCAAUGGCUGUGAUCCGCGGCGCUGGGAAGAGAUGAGCUUGUUGCAGAUCGGAUCAUUGAACUGGAUUUUAAAUCCGUUUUAAGCAGAAAACAAGAAAUUGAAUUUGGCAAUGAUGAUGGAUCAGUCUUCGUCCAGCUGCAGCAGCACCAGUCACUGCCUCCCCAGUCUGCCCAGUAAGGCCAGUAUGAGCGGCAGGCUGGUGCAUGUGGAUUUCCCCGAGGUGCCGGUGUCAUUGCUGGAGAGUCUGAACCAGCAGAGGCUGGAGGGGCAGCUGUGUGACCUGAGCAUCCAAGUGCAGGGCCAGGAGUUCAGGGCUCAUCGCUGUGUGCUGGCAGCCUCCUCGCCGUACUUCCACGACCAGGUCCUCUUGAAGAACGUCUCCUCGGUGGUCCUCCCCUCUGUCAUGGACCCCCUGGCCUUCGAGAGUGUGCUGGGCUCCGCCUACACGGGCAGACUGAGCAUGCUCAGGGACGAGCUCAUCAACUAUGUGACGGUGGGCAGCUUCCUGCAGAUGUGGCACGUGGUGGACAAGUGUACGGAGCUGCUGAGGGAGGGCAGGGGGCUCCUGCAGAGCAGCCAGCCCCCCAGCAGCGAGCAGCAGUCCCCCAGCAGCACCAACUACUGCAGCCCACCAGAGGGCGCCGGCGAAGCAGCCAGCCAGCAGCAACAGCAACAGGGCCACCAGUAUAGCAGCGGCAGCGCCGCCGGUCACUCUAAUAAGUACUGCCGGGGUGACGCGAGGGAGGCGGGCCAUUCGCCCCCACAGGACAGUGACGUCAUCGCAGGCUCCCCCCCAUCCUCCGAUCAGCAGAGGUGGCCGGUGGGAAGGCCGAGCAGCAGUAUUCGCAGCCUCGCCCUCCCUCUCCAGCGCUCCCAGUAUCCCCAGCCAUCUGGUUUUGACUCUGCCGGCUACGCGGACGAGCUGGCCCUGACCAGCAGCAGUGGCAGUAACUCCCGAUCCAGGCCCCGCCUCGACGCGAACGUGGGCUUCGCUAACCUGCGCGCCCCCGGCCUGGCUGCAGGGCUCGGGGGGAGGCGCAGCCGCAGCAGGAGUGCGAGGAGCAGGUACCGCUGCCCAGAGCCCCUCCCCUCGCUGUCUGGCAGGCUGCUAGGCAGAGGCAGGGGGAGGAGAGGCAAGGACCCCAGCUCACAGGAGGGGAGCGAGCUGCUGCUGACCUGUGAGGAGGAUGGAGGAGGGAUGGAGAGACACAGGGAGGAGGAGGAGGGGGGCGGGAUGCUCCACAGUGAUGAGGGGAGGGGGGGUGAUGAUGUUGAAGUUGGGCAGAGUCGCAGUGACUCGCUGGGAGAGAUGAUGCUGAGAGAGGCCGAGGAGAUGAUGGCCCGCCAUGGACACCAGACCAGGGGAUGGAGUGAGACGCAGCCCCAGCUGAUGGGAGCCGGAGCCGGGGGGCAUGCAGGUCUCGAGCAGCCAUCCAGUCUGGCUAGGGAAGAGCCGGAGGAAUCUGAACCGGAUGAAAGUCAAUCCUUCCCUUACCAGAGCCAGUACCAUCGGAGCAGGAUCCGACACGCACAGACCCACCAGAACCCCCUGGGUCUCCAUCUGAGCCCGUACGAGCCUGGCCUGCACCCCAGCAGCAGCAGCGCUCCUCCCUCCAACCCCAGCCCCGGCCCUGCUGACCAGGUCCCUUUCUGCGAGUCCUCCCAGGACUUUGUCUCCACGUACGAUGAAAUCGAGGAGGGGACGGGGCAGGUGUCCCAGCGCCCGCUCCUCGCCCCUCCCCCCUCCUCCGGGGAGCAGCAGGAGGGGGGCGGGUUCCCAGGCGUGGCAGACACCCCUCCGCUCGCCGGCGCCCCCUACACCGGCAAGGUGCACCUGUGCCACUGCGGCAAGGCCUACACCCUGAAGAGCAUGCGGGACCGGCACGUGAAGAUGCAGCACCUGAACCUGCGGCCCUUCGCCUGCCCCGUCUGCGCCAAGACCUUCAAGAUGAAGCACCACCUCACCAAACACCUGAAGACCCACGCAGGCCUGCAGCCCUUCGAGUGCCAGCUCUGCGGCAAGAAGCUCAUGUGGAGGGACAGCUUCCUGAGGCACCGCAGCCACUGCGAGAGGCUGGCUGCGGAGGAGAUUGCAGCCAGCACAGCUGGAGUGAAGGAGGAGGAGGAGGAGGAGGAGGAGAGGGAGCAGGAGGGGGACCGGGGGACGCUGGGAUACCUGCUGAAGGAGAAGGAGGAGGAGGGGGGGAGCGGAGAGGGGGGGUUCAGGCAGCCAGACUCCUUUGCUUGA